AUGUAUGUGAGCUACCUGUUGGAUAAAGAGAGUGGGAUGUACCCCAACACCGUGCGACACCCGAGCCUCAACCUCAACCCUCAGAACUUUGUCCCUGCCGCUCCUCAAUACACGGAUUUUACCGGAUAUCACCAUCAUCAUCACCAUCAUCACGUCCCCGGCUUUAACGACGCUAACCAGACAAGUUCGGUGUAUCCUCCUCCUGCUCCUCCUGCUCCCGCUCCCCCUCGGGAUGACUGGACCCCUUACGGCCCCUCGGCCGCCCCCAACCCGUCCUCCAACCCGGGACAGAUCGGAUUCGGGCCACCCGACUUUCCUCCAUCCAACCUGCAGCCUUCAGCUCUCCUUCAUCACUCCAUCAGCUCAUCAUCAUCAUCAUCAGCUGCUCCACUCUCACCCAGCGAGCAGCGCAGGAACCCAUACGAGUGGAUGCGCCGCAGCGCCGCGCCGCCCGUCCACCCGGGAGGAAAGACCAGGACGAAGGAUAAGUACCGGGUGGUGUAUACGGACCAUCAGCGUCUGGAGCUGGAGAAAGAAUUCCACUACAGCCGCUACAUCACCAUCAGGAGGAAGGCGGAGCUUGCCACAGCCCUCAGCCUAUCAGAGAGACAGGUGAAAAUCUGGUUCCAGAACCGACGCGCCAAAGAGAGAAAAAUUAACAAGAAGAAACUUCAGCAGCCUCAGGCGUCCACCACCACACCGACUCCUCCGAGCUCCAACAUCAGCAGCAGCGGCGGCGGUGCAGCUCUGGUGUCAUCCUCCAUGCCCAUGACCAUUAAAGAAGAGUACUAA